AUGAUCUUUCGUUUGUCCCGAGGGGUUUGCAAGUCAGGCAUAGCUCGUUACCAGCGCUUUGAGCUCGGGAGCACUGCACGGCAGCAGCAGCGAUGGUCACAGCAGCGACAGCAACAACCGAAGCGGCAUCAGCAACAGAUGCUGCGGAAUGUGCACCGGCAGGACGUAUUGAUGUCCACCGAAGCUAUGCUACUGCUGAACCUGCAGCAGCCCGAAGUUCCAGCGGGGACGUCUAUCAGAAGCAGCAGUGGCGGCAGCAGCAGGGGCGAAGGCAGCAGCUGCAGCCGCUCCUGCUACUGUAGCCUCCACCAGGGGCCUGCUGCAGCUUUUCAGGCUGCCUUCAGUCGCCCUCGGCGUUGCAGUGCAGUUCAUUUAGAGACGGUAUCUUCAGCAGCAAUUGGGGGGCGCCUGCUGCAGCGGGCGUCGACGAGUACUGCUGCGGCUGUUUCUGUAUUGGACAGCAGCAGCAGUGGCUUAUGCAGGUGCUGCGUCAGCUGCAGAAGAGACGGCAGGAAGGUUAUUUUUCACGACUUGGCGGUUACCACGAGUCAUAGGGGCGUUUCACAGAUAACUCACCUCCUAGUGCAGCAGAGGCAGCAGCGGCAGGGGCAGCAACAGCAGCAGGAAGGGAGUUUGUGGUGGGAGGAUGCAGAUACGGAAGGCCAGAUAUAUGCCUCCGCUACUUCAUCCGCUUGUGUUAAACUUUAUCGCACAUCUGUGCAGGAACAGCAGCAGCAACAGCACCAGCAGAAGGCACCCAAGGCAGCUGCAGCAGGAGCAAAAGCGGCAGGAUUAGCGACGAGAGAGGUUUCUCUGUUUCUGUUGAGUACUCCUCUCACCUCAGAAGAACGCCACGCACUGGUUUCCCUUUGGCGGCGUCUGUCGUCUGCGCGUUCCCUUCUCAAGUCGCCCCAUGGCGCAUCCGGGGGGCCCCCUCUUGCUGCCUUCCUGGAGGCUCGGUGGGGGCUCCCGGCUUCGUUGCUUUCAGCAGUACACACGCAGCGGGCCUUCUUCCGCUGGCUCUACAGUGCACUACAGCGACACCAGGGGCAGCAGUACCUGCGCGUGCAGCAGGAGUCGCAUCAACAACAACAGCUGCAACAGCAAGAGCAGGAAUGCGCACACCAGCCACAGCAGCACCAUGAAACGAGUAACCUGGACAAGCUGCAGGCUGAGGCUUUCAAUGAUUUGCUGCGGUCGAUAAGAGGUCAGUUCGACCUCAACGAAGCAGCAGAAGCCAGGAGGGCGAAGCAGCAGCAGCAACAGCAGCCGUACGAGAGGCUGCAAGCGCUGCUGGAACAGUGGAAGAGGGCAGUGCGAGGCUUUGAAGAAGGAGACCUGCUAAACAGCACUUACCAACUGAUUCUCGAAGUCUGUGCUGCAGUUGAUGGGCCUCCAGGGGCCCCUCCGGGGACCCCUGGCAGUCUGAAAGACCCCACAGCCUCUCCUCUUCUCCCUUCUGCAGCAGGCCCGUUGCUUGCUCUCUAUCGAAUAUACCUGGCGAGAAGUGGCGUCUCUGCUGUUGUCUCGUACAAGAAUAUCUUGAAGCUUGUGGACCUGACGGCACCUGAGCUUUGGUUUCCCGUCGCACGGCAACAGCAGCGUCGGGUUUCUCUUUCCCUGGGGCCUCCGAACAGUGGGAAGACCAGGGGGGCGCUUGAGGCCCUCCUGGGGGCCCCAACAGGGUGCUACUUGGGUCCGCUCCGUCUCUUGGCCACUGAAGUGUACAACGAGCUACGGAAGAAAGGGGUAAAGUGCUCUCUGAUCACGGGUCCUUUAAAGAUCAUAGAUACAGAAGCGACUCACGUGUGCAGCACAGUAGAGGCUGCGCCUUUAGAUAAGGACUUUUCCGUUGGGGUUAUCGACGAAGUGCAACUAUUGGCCGACCCCCAAAGAGGGCCCGCGUGGACCAGAGCGUUCUUAGGCCUCAGGGCACGUACUCACCUGCCUCUACGAAUGUUGCUGCUGGCGCUGCUGGUGCCUUCCCUUGCGUGA